UCAUCUACUUUCGUUUUCAACAUCUGGAAGAAAAUGACAGUCGAUGUAGAUGUCUUGAUUGUUGGAGGUGGAAUUUCGGGGUUGACAGCUGCAUAUACUAUAUCUAAAAGAGACCCAAGUUUAACAUAUGUUGUUUUAGAAGCUAAAGAUAGAGUUGGAGGCAGAACUUUUUCUGUUCCCCUAAAGACUGGUACUGGUACAGAUAUAUUUGACCUUGGAGGACAAUGGGUUGGCACUUCUCAAAUAGAUGUGAUGGAUCUUCUAAAAGAGCUAGAUAUAGAUACUUACAGUCAGUACAUACAAGGGAGAAAGUUUAUGCAGGUUGAUGGACAUAAAAUAUCCAGUUAUACAUCAACUAUACCCUCACUGUCUUUCUUUUCCCUGAUUGACUUAGAUAUGUCAAUGAAGAAGAUUGACAAAAUGGCAAAACUUGUAAAUAUACAGGAUCCUUAUAAAAGUCCACAGGCUAAAAAAUGGGAUGCUAUGACAGUAGAAACUUUUGUCAGUCAGAAUUUGUGGACCCAAGCUGCAAAAGACUGCCUUGUGUCUGCCACUAGGUGUAUGAUGGGUGUUGAAUUGUCACAGAUUUCAGUGUUGUAUUUUCUAUCAUACGUGAAUGCAGCUGGGUCUUUACAAAAACUGCUUGAAGCAACUGAAAAUUGUGGACAGGAAUUCAAAAUUAAGGGAGGAGCACAACAGAUAUCUAAACAACUAGUCAGUAAACUUGCCAAAGACACAGUUAAACUAAGUCAUCCAGUACUAAGUAUAGAACAAACAAAAGAUGGUGUUAUUGUUAAAACUCUAAAUGGAUCUGAGUUUAAAUGUAAAUCUGUGAUAAUGGCCACACCACCAAAUAUGACAAAUAAAAUAAAUUUCAAGCCUACUCUUCCAGCACCUAAAAAGGAGAUAAUGAACAGAAUGCCAGUCGGUUUAUUAAAUAAAGUCAUUAUUACUUAUGAAAAAGCCUUCUGGAGAGAAGCUGGUAGUUCUGGAGAGAUAGUAACUAUUGGUGGACCUUCCACUGUGGAGGGCUGUGAUGAAGGACCUUUGUGUAUUGUAUAUGAUGCUACAUCAUCAAAUAACAAUGCUGCUUUAGUGGCAUUUAUUGGUGGCAAACAAGCCAUUCAGUGGCAACUGCAAUCAGAAGCUGACAGACAGUCGGCAGUUUUAAAAAGUAUGUCCUCAUUCUUUGGUGAUGAUGUAUGGAACUAUAAAGACUACAGGGAACAAGACUGGGGACUGGAGCCCUACAGUGAAGGUAGCCCUGUAUGUUGUGCUGCACCUGGUGCUAUGCCAUAUUUCGUUAGUGGAUUACGUCAUUCUUUUGACAGAAUAUAUUUUGCUGGAACAGAAUCUGCCACUAGGUGGUGUGGAUUCAUGAAUGGAGCGGUGCAAGCUGGGAAAAGGGCAGCAUUUGAAGUUAUUUAUAGAUUCCAUCCUCAAGCCAUAACAAGGGAGGAGGUGAAUGAAGCUUUUGUUAUCUCCAGAACAGACCUUAAAUUAAAACAGAAAUCAUUUCACUUACGAUUUUAUGUAUUUGGUAUUGGUACUGUUGUUGGAGCAGGUUUAUUAUUUACUAUCUACUUUCGACGAAAAUGAUGUGUAAUCUAAAAGCUAAAAUAUUGAAAUUAAUUAGUUCACAAAUGCUCUCUAUUUUUUAUUUUUUUUUUAUUGAUAUGGUAAAGUGGGUAUUUAGUUUUUUUAGUAAUAUUUUUCUGUAGCUGUAAGUCUUUCCGAUGUGAAUCAUGAUUGUUUCUCUCUCAUAGUGUGAUAGGUUGUCUAAAAAUGGACCAACACAGAAAUGGUGUUGCAUUUUCGGACUCGCCAUUUUUGACAUUCUGGUUGGUGAAGACGUCAUUUACAAGCACACCUAGUCUGUGACAAUGAAUAGAUUAGGACCGAAGUGGAAUUUCUGAAUCCGUCAAUAAAAAAGCCUAAUUAACUGUGAGAAAGAAUUAUUAGAUCAGAUCCUUUCUGUACAAAAUUUCCUUUUGCAGCACUUACUAUUCCAGUACCCUUUACACAGAUGUCAUACAUUGUAAAGCAGAAUCAAAUUGUAAAUGUUUAGCAUCUCAGUGACCAUUGCCUUAUUUGGUAAAAACCUGUCAGAUCUGGUAAACGUCUGCUGAUAAAUGCCUUCCUGAUUUAAUAAAAGCAUGUGGUUUUAAAGUAAUCAGAAAAUUGAGAAUUGGACAUUUAUUGUAUGAAUAAAUGUCGUUAUUUUAAUAGGAAAUAUUUGUGAACACAUGCUUUUUCCUUAAAUUAAAAAAAAUAUUGGAGAAGCUAAACAUUUAUUUUGGAUGGCCUUACAGAGUAAAUAUUCACAGCAACAUUUACAUAUAUAAUAUACGAUAAUAGUUUCUUUUAUCUGUGUCCAUUGUCAUUGUUUUAUAUACAUUUAAAUGUAAUGCUUGCUUGAGUUAUGGUCCUUGUCCAAACUACUGAAAUGUACAGUGAAACCUUUCUAAACUGAACCUCUUUGAGAAGGAAGAUUAUGUAUAAAUAAACAACAAUUAAGUCAAUGUCAGACAAUCAUCAACUUUUCUAAUGAGGCCUCUGGGGGAAAGCAGGAUUUAACAUGCCCUUAAAUAGUUCCAUGCCAAAUACAAUAAAGUUGAUAUUUUUCUGACAUUGAUCGAAUAUUGUUUUUUUAUACUGCAGCUAAAAUGGCAACAAUAAUAGCAUUUAACAUUUAAACACAAAAAAUAAACCUAUUUUUCAACCCUAAAUGAGCCCCAGAUUGUGAAGAAAGGCCAUGCGACAUGAAAUUGACAUUGUAUAAUAUAUCACUUUAUUACUAUUUUGAAAAUAAAGACAACAGAGAGUGUUCAAGCUGCAGUAUAAAUUAGUUUAUCUGUAGGUCACCAGAAUUUGUAUUGCAUGUCUUUAUACACAAUCUACCUAGGAUAAGACAGGUUUCUCUAUACAGUACAUCCAAUGCAAUUCAGUUUAAAAUCCCUCAUCCUUAUCAGGCUUGCCCCCUUCUUAUUCUGUGCCUUCUUAUGUUGAGUGAAUCACAUUGAAACAGGGUGGGGUACCGGUGAUUGCUGGCAAUUUAGAAUGCAAACACUCUAAAUUAUGACCCUGUCAUAUGAUAUCUAUUGAAUAUUUAGAGGUAUUUCAGUGUGAACCCAUUACACUUACCAGCAUUCACUGUGAAAAAUCACCAACAUGAGUGAUUAAUAAUUGAAUCUCCCUGGAUGUACUGUACACUAUGCAAUAUAUUACAUGUCAAUCUUUUAGACAUCAUCUUUUUGUUGAAAUUAUUAAAUCGUUUUUAAAUAAUUUUAAAAAUAGUCAGCUUUAAUGAUAUUGAGUUUCAUUUGAUAUAAGAGAUAGUCCUUGUGGCUUUUUAAUUAUCUAUAUAAAUUGGGAAAAACAAACUACAUGUGCAUAUUUUAUUUUCAACAUGAGUUUGAAUGUCCCUUUGGUAUCUUUCGCCUCUCAUUAACAUUGUAUGUUAAUGAUUUGUAAAAUGAUAAGUGGAAUAAGAGGCCAGGAUUUUAAUUUUGAAUUAUAUUCUUAGCUAUUAGGUUCAUCCAAAAAGAAAGACAUUUUUCAUAAUUUGAAUUUAAAGUUUUAAUUUUACUGUGUUUUAGUGUGAAAAGUUUUUGAUAUAUUUAAAAGAUGUUGAUAUGUUUUUAUAUCUUUUUGAGAAUAUUUUGUUAUUUGUUUGAAAUAAAAG